UCGUCGAGAAGAUUACAAAGCCUUCCUCCGUUCCAGGUUGACGCGCUAUCCCUUCCGGAUCUCUAGAUCGACUCUCUUUGCAACAUGGUAUUCUCGCCCAGCACCUAUCUCGUCUCCGCUGCCGUCGCUGUCGUGGCGCUGCAGAUGCAGCACGCUUCUGCCGCGUCGCUGUACUACGGAGUGACCACCGUGUCAAAGACGGCCGAUACGAUCUCCAAAUCGUCACCAUUUGCUGGUGGCGAAGUUCCUGACCAGGAUUGUGCCAUCGAGGUGGAGGUUGACCCGACGUUGCCGGACAUCACCACCAUCUCGACGGUGCCGGUGACUUACCCGGAGCUGCUUGCCAACUUGACUACGCCCCCUACCGAGCCGGUGCACACCAAGGUGGGCACUGUUGUGCUCUCGGCGGAGACUCCGAACACUGAUGCCGAUCAAGAUGCGUACAUCACCUCAGGCUCGCCGACCCAGGGCUCGACGGAGGUGAACCCGCCGGCUACCAAGACGGGCACUUCGAACGUCACCGCUGCUCCGUCCAAGACUGGUACCACCACUGAUACCACGACGCCGUCAACUGUCAAGGGUGGAGCUAAGCCCAAGGACUGCGCCACUGGGUGGGAGGAGCCGGCAACGGCCACCCGUAAGCUGCGCGACAGCGUUGUAUCGGGCCACGACCUCGAGGAGAACCUCGAGAAGAAGCGCCGUCUUGAAGCCUACGCGAACAAGGACAUCGCUAAGCUGGAGGCCUACUUUGGCACCAAGAUGGAGAUGACGUUGAAGGACUUGCCUACCCAGGGUGUGUUCACGCCUGCGCCGUGGCCUGCUCCGUACUGGCCGACCUACCAGGACAGCAUCAACGUUGUCUGGAGCCAGGGACAACCCAGCCCCGCUGAGAAGUACGCCAAGGCCUUCGGUCUGGACGUGAAGGAGUUUAUGGACAAGGUAUCCAAGGACAACGGAGUUGACUCGGGGAGCAAACGCAAACAGUGCCAGACGGAUGAGGGCUGCGAGUCCCUAAACAACGGCAGCAAGUGUGCUAUCCGUGACGGCAAGAGCUCGGGCUACUGUAUCCCGGCGUGGUUUGGUAUCUGUCACGCCUGGGCCCCUGCUGCUAUUCUCGAAGCAGAGCCUACUUGCCCGGUGACGUACAACGGUGUGACGUUCCAGCCUCUGGACAUCAAGGGAUUGAUCUCCAACGUCUACGAUGGCGCUGGCGUCGCAACUGUGUUCACUGGUGCGCGCUACAACGGCGGCGACGAUGGCGCCGAUGAGUACGGCCGCCACACGAACGCUGCCUACCGUGACCUGAACCCUGCCUACUUCCACAUUGCGUCUGCUAACAUUCUGGGUAAGCUGAACGCCACCUUUGUGGCUGACGUCGACGCCGCCGCAGAGGUGUGGAACCAGCCCGUGCGUGGGUUCAAGGUGUACGAGCAGACCGCUAUGUCGCUCGAGGAAGCUGCUCAGACGUUCUACGGCCUUGAGGAGUACCCGUGGAACGCCGCCGCCAAGAGCAUCGUGUACGUGAAGUCGCGUCUCUCGUGGAUCUUCGAGACGUACACGGACGGCGGCCUUGUGUCCUCGGGUGAGGUUGAUCGCUACACGACCGGCAAGUACUACUACUACUUGCUUGAGCUAGACGACGCUGGCGAGAUCAUCGGCGGUGAAUGGGUCUACAGCUCGGACAGUGACCACCCUGACUUCCUCUGGUUUGCGAAGUCCAAGCCUGCUGCUGACAUGGUGACCAGCAUUGGACUGAGCUACGCGGAUGUGAGUAUGCUUCUAAAGAAGUCGGUCGCUUGCUCCGACUCCGCUUCGGCUUCUGGAUCGGCUGGCUCGUCUUCGGCUUCGGCUUCUGCUUCUGCGGCAACCUCGACCUCGGGAUCGGUUGGUGCUUCGACUUCCGGCUCAGCCACGAGCUCUGCCUCAACUUCGACGGGAUCGACGACGGACGUGCCUUUCACGAGUUCGACCGCUUCGAACGGGGGUAGCGCAGCUACGGAGGUCCCGGCUACUGAGGCCCCUGCUACCGAGGCCCCUGCUACCGAGACCCCGGUCGCUACUACGCAGAACGGUGGCGCGACUACGGCUCCGGCCUCGACCACGGCGCCCCCCGCCGCGACUACAGCUACCCCGUCGAACAAUGGCGGCAAUCAGGGUGGCAACAACGGUGGCAACAACAACCAGAACGAUAACCACUACCAGCAAUACCAGCAGCAGCAGCAACAGCAGCAGCAGCAGUUCGAAAACAGCGAUCACCCGCGUCAAUGGUACCAGUCCUUCUUCCACUGGUGGUAAGUGGAGCUGCUGCAGGAGUGCCGUAAGUGAUAUUCAGUGAGAUAGAGUCACUUGUAUUUGUGAUGGUGUGAACACCGAGCUGUUAGCGCGUUACGGGUUCAGUCUCAAUGAAAGUUACCAUUGCAUGGCCAACUUCCUGCUAUCAAGUGUUAAGUAGCUACCAUGUAUUAACUUUUGUACCGUAGUGAUGAGCAAUACCGGUAAUCAUGCAUA